CGCAGCCCGCCCUCCUGCUCCUGCUCCUCGCGCUGUUGUUUGUGGUGUUUUCAGCCCGCUUGGUGUUUUUAGCUCAGUGCGCGUCUCCGGCCCGGUUCGCAACCGACGGGAUGAUAAUGGCGGCGUCCACGGUAUGCGUGCUGGUCCUCUUCGCCUCGGUGGCUCGUAUCGAGUCGUGGAGCAGGCCGGCGAACACGCAGAGCAUCCUGAUCAACGUGACAGCCUGGACGGUGACGGACGCAGAGCUCCAAGAUUCAAACAGCUUACAGAUUAAUCUAAACAUAUCGGUCGGUGAAGAGCAGGUGCUGGUCAACGACGUCCCGGUGGAGCUGUCGGGGGUCACCAGAAACUGCCAAGCACUUCUCUUGGACAGCAUUAAUGGGAGCAGCGAGUUUGAGUCGGGGGACUUGGUUUCCACGGUGACCAGGGUGAUGGUGAGCCAGAACCGGCUCUACAGCGACUCGGACGAGGUGGUGGCUCUGCAGGUGUUCAGUGAAGUCAUAGAGAUGGAGGGCAAAGAGGUCCAGCAGCCCGACAUGUGUGAGGUGAAGAUCUUGAUGAGCCCAGACUUCCAGAAACUGGCUCAGUUUACCAACGUCUACCCCAUCGGACACAGCGAGAUCUUCAGAGCCCCCCGGGAAGACGACGUGGUAGUCACAGACUCCCCCACCUCCCAGAGAGACGAGGAGCAGCUGAUCUCCCAGACCACCAGCCAGUACCCCCUGAAGCACACCGACACCACCCAGGAGGAGACGGCGGCGCCCGGGAAGCUCCCGGAGACGCCCGCGCAUGGACCCGACCUGCUGUACGACGUCCGAUACGACGAGUUCGACGACGGCGACACGAGCCAGCCGGACCAGAACCAUGGAAACCCCCCGAAAGACUCCAUGUCCUCUUACUCGGCCAUGUGUCAGUGGGUGGAGCGCGCCCGGGAGCGUCUGCGUCACUUCUGCUCCGAGUCGCUGCCGCUCUUCUUCCUGGUCAUGUGGGUGGUGGUGAUCGGCGUGGCGGGGUCGGCGGUGAUCGUCAAGAUCCUGGACUCUUUCCCCUCAUGUGAACACAAGUGAGUCUGGCAACACGGCGGCGUUUGCUUUUCCUUGUUGAUUGAUCGAGGAGAACACAACCUGCUGGAGCACAUAGAGGUCCAGGUGGUGGAGGAGAAGGAGGAGGAGGAGCAGAAGCCCUGAUGGAGGGACGGAUAGACGAGAGCAGCUCCUUUCAGUUUGUUCCUGUUGGUUUUGAAGCUUCCACCGGUGUCUGCAGCUCCACUUUCCUCCCUCUGUAAUGCCUGCUGGCGUCGGCUCCUCCGGCGCCGGAACACGCCGCUCAGCUCAGUUCCACCGCCGCAGAGAGCUCCGUGCUUCGUGGAAAUGAAACACCGCGCCGUGCAUGAGUCGCCAGUUCAGUAGAGGCUUCAGAACCCUGAAACACACAUUUUCACACUGCUCCAACUUUAUCCAUUUCUUUGAGUAUAAAAUACAUUUGUAAAAAAAAAAACUAAGUGCAAUCUUAAAAUAAUUCAGUUUUUGAUGGAUCUAGCUAAGCUAGCGUUCUCCGCUGCCCCUCUGAGCGUCAGUCUCAUCUAUGUCUGAUGUAAAACUACUACGACCCCGGCGAUGACGGGAAGGAGAAACACUAACUGAGCUCCAGGCCGCCCCCUCCCCACCACGCCACGCCACGCCUCCUCCCUUCAUGAAGCACCGCCGCCUGUUGUUUUGACCCAAACAGUCUGGGGUCGUGCCGCCGUCGGCAUGCUCACUGGACUGAACGAAGCAACGUCAAUUCUUACUUUAUCAAACCAAAUCCACCGUCGGCUCAUAAAACCAACAGUGACAGUCUGUGAAGGCGACCAGCCGCCACGUCCGACGUGUUGCAGUGAAAACUACGAGGCAGUCGGAGAACCUGAGUGAAGGACGUUGGUGGUGUGUUGUCUGGACUCUCUGUAGCAGCGCUCUCUGCUCUCUCUCUCUCUAUCGAAGAAUGUAAAUGAAGUUUGCAGUGAGCUGCAGUGUGUGAGCCGUGUCCUGAAUGUGAUCUGCACAUCUUCUGUUUUUUGUUUUUUUUUUUUUUGCUUCGCUGUUUGUUAGCAGAAAACUUCAUUUUUUUGAUUGCAUUAAUGACUGGCUUGGAUUCUCUCUCUGCUCUUCAUUCUGAGAUUAUUGAGCUGUAAUGUGACGGGGCCGGACUGUGUCGCACGUGGCCUCCGAGCUGAACUUGGAUCAGGCUCGUCUCAGAGCUCACACACACGGUCUCUCACCAAACUGAUGGGAAAUAAAGAUCAGUGUGUGUGAAUUCCAGGAGUUCAUCUGCUCUGAACAGGUUUCCUGCUUCUCCAGGGACCGCAGCUUAACUGGACAGUCUUAGCACAUCCUGUGUGUGUGUGUGUGUGUGUGUCAGGACGGACGGGUCUCCUCAGGGCUCAGAUCAGUGUGGGCUGCAUGUUGUAACCAGGAGCAUGUGUAACGAACUGCAUGAGCACUCAGAAGAGCACCGGAACGUGCCUCGGACCUGCGACCGGACCCGGGUCGGUCCGUCAGCAUGCCGCCCAGGAUUCACCCUCACCUGGCCGAACGCCGCCCCGAACGCCGCGUUCUCCUCCCUCCCCACACCAGUGUGCAUCUGUUGUAUGAAUUACAGCUGGACUGUCGAACUGUGGUGAAUAAAUGUUUUCCUUCUGCCAUCA